CGUAGAGGACCAUCUAGGUUUAAGCCGUAUUUUUUAAUAGCAUGAGCUCUACUUACAAGUUCCAAGACCACAAUUACUGCAAAGAAAAUGGACACGUGUCAUUUUCCUAACUGACAGAUGAUUUUCUCCUUAUAAAGAAAAAUCUCCUCUUCCGCACCGAUCCUCUUGUCUGUUAAUAUCGGGACAACAAUCUCAUCCUGUAAUCGGAACCACUUUCCGUCACAGAAGUCAAACACCGUCUACUCUCCAACCAAUAACAAUCAAACACAUCCGCGGUAACCGCAACGCCCGUUUACAUAAAACCGUCUAUUCUCUCCAGUACUCUAUUAUCUCUUCUUCUAAUUGCCGGUUAAACAGAGGACAUAACAGCAAAAGAACGUACAGUUACCGGAGCUACCGGUAAUCAAGUUCUGUAGCAGACAAUAAUUCAGUCCGAAUUGAUUGCAGCAGGUUAAGUUAUUUAUUAUUAAAAAAUUAAAUUGAAGAGAUAAAAAAAGGUCACUGUGAGUGAGGCGACAUAUACAGACUCACAAGCACAAAAAACAGUGUACGAGUGGUAAUGGGAGCAACUGUUGCUGAGAUAAUUGCAGAGGAGAGAGAAAUCGAGACAGACGAUGAGGAAAAAAAGAUUCAGAAAGUGGUUGAUGUUGGCGUCUAUGAAUCAAACGACUGUUAUUAUUAUUGUUAUUUGAUUUCUUGUUUCAGUAGCAGCAACACGCUUUAAUAAAGAGCCUUAUUUGUAAUCGAGUUUUAAACAUUAUUUGAAUUUUCGGAUUCUGAUGGAUGAAAUCGGGAAUGGAACCGCCGUGGCCGCAGAUUCAUCAGGAGAUGCACUGUACAAGGAGCUGUGGCACGCGUGUGCUGGUCCUUUGGUGACGGUGCCUCGCCAAGGAGACCUUGUUUAUUACUUUCCUCAAGGUCAUAUCGAACAGGUGGAGGCGUCGACGAAUCAGGUAGCUGAUCAGCAAAUGCCAGCUUAUGAUCUUCCAGGGAAAAUUUUAUGCCGUGUGGUCAACAUCCUAUUGAAGGCUGAAUCUGAUACGGAUGAAGUUUUUGCUCAAAUUACUUUGCUCCCUCAAUCUGAACAAGAUGAGAAUUCAGCAGACAAGAAGGCUUUGCCUCCAUUAACACGUCCGCGAGUGUGUUCCUUUUGUAAAACGCUUACAGCUUCUGAUACAAGUACUCAUGGUGGAUUUUCAGUUUUGAGGCGCCAUGCCGAUGAAUGUCUUCCUCCACUGGACUUGUCUUUACAACCUCCUGUUCAGGAGUUGGUUGCCAAGGAUUUGCUUGGAAAUGAAUGGCGUUUUCGCCACAUAUUUCGAGGUCAACCAAGGAGGCACCUUCUUCAGAGUGGUUGGAGUCACUUUGUCAGUGCUAAAAAGCUUGUAGCAGGAGAUGCAUUCAUCUUUCUCAGAGGUGAAACUGGGGAGCUUCGUGUUGGAGUAAGACGCGCUAUGAGACAUUCAUGUAAUAUUCCAUCUUCUGUCAUAUCUAGCCACAGUAUGCAUAUUGGUAUCCUUGCUACUGCAUGGCAUGCUGUUUCAACGGGAACAAUGUUCACUAUCUACUACAAACCAAGGACUAGUCCUGCGGAGUUCAUUAUUCCAGUGGACAAAUAUACGGAGUCUGCUAAGAACAACUUUACUAUAGGGAUGAGGUUCAAGAUGAGGUUUGAAGCUGAAGAGGCUCCAGAGCAGAAGUUUGCAGGCACGGUGAUUGGAGUUGAACAUGGUAAUCCCAUGAGGUGGCCUAGUUCAAAUUGGAGAUGCCUCAAGGUGCGCUGGGAUGAAAAUUCUCCUCUUCAACGUCCAGUUAGGGUUUCCCCUUGGGAAAUUGAACCUGCUUUGGCCCCUUCUAUAGAUCCCCUUCCAAAGAGCCGAUUCAAGAGGCCCCGCUCAAAUUUUCCAGCUGUAGAUUCCUCUUCUGUAAUGAAGAAAGAUAAUGAGUUGUCAGAACUACAAGAUCAAGAAAUCCCAACCUUGAGAAGCAAUCCUGUAGCGAAUAAUUUUUCAGACACUGUUCAUAAUUCUAGUGGAUGGACUCCAUCUCAAGACAAGGAUCAAAAUGGCACCUAUUUUGAUAUGAGAAAAUUUGUAUUUGAUAAUGGAAUUUCUCAAGUGGUGCCUGGAGUGGAGUAUAAACACUCAACAUCAGGACCGGACACCAUAAAUGAAUCUUAUGACUUUGGUCGAUCCUUUCUUGAACUGCACCCUAAUAAUACCGACCCACCAAUGAAGCAUGCUUUUGGUCAAGAAAGAAAACUCAACUGGUGUUCUCCAUCCAAGAUGACCUCAGGCUCCUCAAUCAACAUGUUGGAAUCCAAUGCAGAGCUUUGUUCUACAAAAGAUAACGAAAUGAAGCAUAAUUAUUCUUUGAAUCUUGAAUCUGGCACUCUUAAACAGAAUCAUACAGUGCAGAAUCUUGAAUCUAAUUAUCAGCUCGGAAGUUGGAUUUUGCCUUCCAUAAAUGCUGAUAAUUCUCCCUUUUUAUCGGCACAACAAAUACAUCCUCUGGCUUUAAACCAGUCUGAGGUAAAAUCGAAAGGAGAUGGCAUUUGCAAACUUUUUGGUAUCUCCCUCACUAGCAACCCUGUACUGACUGAGAAAGCCACGAGAGAUGGUAAUUUCAUGUAUAGACCAAAAGGACAGCUAAAUAUUUCAUCAGCUCAACUGCAAGACUUUGGCUCUGAUUUGUCGUUGCAGCAAUUGAACCACCAAAAAUCGUCUAAUAUUGUAAUUAGAUGUGAGGAAGAAGAGAAAUUUUUUAUGGAUUCAGAUCACAUUGUUGAGUGCAAGCUUCAGAGCGGUUCAACCAGAAGAUGCGUUAAGGUUCACAAGCAAGGGAUUGCUGCUGGGAGGUCUGUGGACCUGACCAAGUUCAACGGCUAUCAUGAAUUGAUAAAAGAACUGGAUCAUAUUUUUGAAUUCAAUGGUGAGUUAAUGACUUCUAACAAAAACUGGCUGAUCGCGUUCACUGAUGAUGAGGGCGACAUGAUGCUCGUGGGAGAUGAUCCAUGGCAGGAAUUUUGCAGCAUGGUACGUGGAAUCUUUGUCUAUACCCGUGAGGAGAUAAACAAGAUAGAUCUACGAUCCUUAACUCAAAAUUUGGAGGAUAAUUCACCAAUUGCGGAUCAAUUGGUUUGUACAGUGGAAAAAUAAAACAUAAUAACAUCUGCAGCUAGAAUAGUACGAAGCUAGUCAUAUCUAAUUUAUGGCCUAUUAGAUGUCCUAAUUUCUAAACUGGGACAGGUUAAAAUUGUCUUCUAGUAGUGUAGUACUUCUUUAAAUUUCUUAUGGCCUCAUGUUUUAUCUUUCUCACUCUA